CCUCCCCCCCCGCCCUCUAUUCAAAACUUCUCUGUCUUUCCCUCCUCUUUUCUUCCCUCUCCUUGAAUACCCUUCCUUCUUCUUUCCCCCCCCUCUCCCCUUCUCUCUCUCUCUCUCUCUCUUGUACUGCUUCGCAGUCACAUAUUUGCCACCAUGGUGUUGGCCAAAUCCAAGAACGCCGUGGGGCUGGGCAACAGCCUCAUGAAGGACCGAUUCGGCAAAGGCAAAGCCUCCAACCAGAAGAAAGCCUCCCACAAUGCCGGGAUUGUCCGCAAGGACAUCAACGGCGAGACCUAUGUCACCAAUGCUGCACAGGAGGCCUCGUGGGUCAAGAUGCGCAGUAUCACCGAGCAGGCCGCGCUGGACGAGUUCCUGAGCACCGCCGAGCUGGCGGGCACCGACUUCACCGCCGAGAAGAUGAACAACGUCAAGAUCAUCCACGCCGACCAGAAGAACCCCUACCUGCUGUCGGCCUCCGAGGAGAAGUCCGCCAUCACCAAGCACCGUCAGAACCGCGGCCGGCUGACCGUGCCGCGCCGGCCCAAGUGGGACGCCUCCACCACCCGGAACCAGCUGGAGCAAUUGGAAAAGGAGAGCUUUUUGACCUGGCGGCGGGGGCUGGCGGAGCUGCAGGAGAACCAGGAUCUGCUGAUGACCCCCUUCGAGCGCAACCUGGAGGUCUGGCGCCAGCUGUGGCGAGUCAUCGAGCGGUCCGAUCUGGUCGUGCAGAUUGUCGAUGCCAGAAACCCCCUGCACUUCCGUUCCGAGGAUCUGGAGAGCUAUGUCAAGGAGCUCGACCCCAAGAAGCAGAAUUUGUUGUUGGUGAACAAGGCCGAUAUGUUGACGGAGAAACAGCGCGCCGCCUGGGCGGACUACUUCGAGCGCCAUAAUAUCACUUUCCGGUUCUUCUCGGCCCACUUGGCCAAGGAGCAGAACGAGGCCCGUCUCCUCGCGGAGGAGUCUGGAUCCGAGAGCGACAGCGAAGUGGAGGAGGAGGAACAGGAGUUGGCUAAAAACACCCAAGCCAUGAAAAUCCAGGACGGCGAGCAGCAGCAGGCGGAGGAGGAGGAGGAGCAUGAUGGCGGAUUGGAGCUGUCUGCCGCUGGCUCCGGCAGCAGCAGCAGCAACGACAAGCGGACAGAAAUUCUCAACGUCGACGAGCUGGAGGAACUCUUCCUUUCCAACACCCCCGACACCCUACCCGACAACAACUCCGCUGACGGCCCGAUCAAGAGGAAGACGACCAUCGGUCUGGUCGGAUACCCUAACGUGGGUAAAUCCAGUACGAUCAACGCGCUCCUGGGCGCCAAGAAGGUGUCCGUCUCCGCCACCCCCGGUAAGACCAAACACUUCCAGACUUUGUACCUGUCGCCGGAGAUCAUGCUCUGCGAUUGUCCCGGUCUGGUCUUCCCCAACUUCGCCACGACCAAGGCCGAUCUCGUGGUCAACGGUGUUCUGCCCAUUGACCAGCAGCGCGAGUUCACGGGCCCUGCCUCUCUCGUCGCCCAGCGCAUCCCCAAGCACUUCGUCGAGGCCGUGUACGGUGUCAAGAUCAACAUGCGCUCCGUUGAAGAGGGCGGCACGGGCACCCCGACUGGUAGUGAGCUGCUGCGCGCCUACGCGCGAGCCCGCGGCUUCUCCACGCAGGGUCUGGGUCAGCCCGACGAGUCUCGCGCCGCUCGUUACGUGUUGAAGGACUACGUUAACGGCAAGCUGCUUUUCUGCCACCCGCCCCCCGUCGAAGACGGCGCCGAGCCCAUCGACCCGGCCGAGUUCAACAAGGAGCUCUACGAUCUCGCCCAUCUCCCCGAGCGCCGGCAAGCCCAGCUCGCCAAGAUGAUGCAGGGCGAGGGCGGCAGCAACAUGGACCCCGAGACCCUGUCCCUCCUCGGCGUCACCGCCGCCAACAAACAACCCGUUCAGGGCUCCCUGGCCCGCAACCUGGACAGUGGCUUCUUCGGCCCCGGCGCCUCCUCCUCCCGCGGCCAGAUGAUGCUCCCCUUCAACUCGCAGUACACGGAGCAGGGCCAGCAGAUGCGCAAGCAGCUGACCGGCCGCAAGGAGCGCAUGAUGGUCGCCCUGGAGCGGGGACUGGAUGUGUCCGAGGUCCGCAGCGGCAACUCGAAGAAACAUUUCAAGGCGAACAAGAAGCGCGCCAAGAAGGUGCGCAAGAAUGGCGCCGCCGACGAUGACUAUUAGUGGUUACAUCUGUCUGCUCUUACUUUUGAUUUUUUUGAAAAAGCUCGCGGGCGAGUUGCGGACGGACGUGAUGAUGAUGUUGUGGUGGUGGAUCAUGACUGAGUGAUACAAAAAGCUUCUUCUCCCUAUUACUAACUACAUGUUUGUCUCUCUUGAGUUCCUUAUAUCCCGGCAUACCAUUGCAUCAUUGGUUCUUAUCUUUGUUCUUCUUCACAUAUGUUGUCACGGUAUAUGGGCUUCCUUUUGUGUUUUGUUUUUUUUUUUUUUUUUUCUUUUUUCCUUUCUCUUUCCUUGUCUUUUUU